AUGCCCGUUACUUUCAACGUCGCAUCUCAUCAUGCAGAAUCCGUUCCCCUCGGUGACGCUGCGACUGGACUUUCUCCCCGCCAAAUCCUCGAGAAAGCUUGCGCGCCGCAGUACAAGACCGCUGGAGAUCUUCGUGGGACGUCGUUCUCUGAGCCAGACUUACUGCCCAAGACACCAGCCGCGAGAGUAGUCAACGUCAUCCCUCAGCCAAAUGGCUUCUUCCACACCAUCGCAACCGCCUACAACCGCCACCACGCGCUGGUCCUGCGGCCUGACGACGUGUGGCUCGCCAUCGUCACCCAAUUCAACUUCUUUGUCAACGCCAACGCCGAGCUGCUUCGCGCCAACUUCGUCGCUCAUGACGGCCAGAAGAACCUUGAAGUCGAGAGCGAUUCGUUCGCCGACUUUGGCGUGUUCGCGCGGGCGAUGGCGGGCCUGAUCGAGAAGAACGUCGUUGACCCGGAGUUGCGUAAGUGGGCGAUCCCGGAUUUCACGACGACGACGGAGCUGGAUGUGACUGUGAGCUCGAUUGUGCUGAUGGCGACCCUCAAGGCCUACUUCACAUAUACCUUCUCCGCCAUCGCAUGCGGUAUACCACAAGUCACGCUCAAGGGGGAAAAGGCAGAUUGGGAGAAGUUGCUCAUCAGGGCGGAGAAGCUCAAAGAGUAUGGUCUCCACACUAUCGCAUGGUACCAUCUGCUCGUCCCCGUCCUGAGACGCUUUGUCCUCACUUUCGACGACCCAUCCGAGCACGGCAACAUCCAAUUCUGGCAGCAGGUCGCGCAUUUCUGGCCCGGCGGAAGCGGCCCGUCAGUCUACAGCGGAUGGCUCAACGCGUUUUGUGUUUUUGACCAGAAAGGGCGGUGGAUUGGACCCAAAUUCAAACGAAAUGUCGAAUCAGCCGUCCCUCCGGAAACACUCACUCCUCGCGAGUUCUGGGAGACAUACACCAACUACGAUCCGGAGUGGGUGCUUUUUGACGACACGGGCUAUCAUACGGUGGAAGCGAACUACAUCCCGCCGUGUUAUGCGGAAGUCGAUGUUAUGUUGCUGGACAAUGGGGUGCCAAUGAAGGCGUCCAUGUGUGCGGGUAUCAUCGGCAUGCGGGUUGACUCGAGCGGGAGCAAAGAGGUAUCGAUGACCGGAGAGAACGACGUCGUGAAGCCGCAGGCUGGAUGGUGGUUGUUCGAUAAGCUUGAAUAG